UUCCUCCCCACCCAUGCCGGCUAUGCUGGGCCUUGUAUUUCCGUCCCCAUUGCCAACCCUUCCCAUGCUGGCUCAGCACCUAGAGUACAUAUCCACCCGCGGCAACGCAAGAGUGACACACGAUGACAUGCUCGAUGCAUUUACCCAUGAGUCUGAUCUGAUCCGAUCGGAUCGCCGCGGCUCGGUACGAUGCAAUGUGGUACCUGGUCGCCUAUCUUGGAUCUCAACUACGUGACUCACAGUCUCCACAGAGUUUGUUAGGACGUCGGUGGUGGUCUGUAUUCACGAGUAACGAUACAGUCACC